GGGAUGUGACCGCCCCGAGCCGGGUGCGCAGUCCCCGCGGCACGAGCAUCGCCACAGGUGACUGCCCGACGUGGUCCCGCUCCGCCCGGGAAGGGGCUUGGACAUGGCUCGGCCCCUGCUGCUGCUGCUGCUGCUGCUGCCGCCGCUGCUGCUGGCCCAGCCGGGGCUGUGCGCGGAGCCGGGCGGCCGGGGCAAGGCGGCGGGCGGCCGGGGCAAGGCGGCGGAGAGCGCGGCGCUGGGCGAGGAGGUGCCGCGGGACGUGGCCUCGUUCCUGUACAGCGGGGACGCCCGCGAGCUGCGGCGGGCCAACUGCUCGGCGCGCUACGAGCUGGCCAGCCCGGGCGGCCGGUCCCGGCCCGGCUCGCACCCGGCCCUGCACGGCGCCCUGGACACGCUCACCCGCACCGCCAACUUCCUCAGCGCCAUCCUGCAGAGCAACCGGUCCCGCGAGCAGAGCUGGCGGGACGACGCGGAGUGGUACCGCGCCCUGAUCCGCAGCCUGCUGGAGGGGGACCCCCGCAUCUCGCGGGCCGCCAUCACGCUGGGCCUGGAGCCCCUGUCGUCCGCGCCGCGGGUCGUGCUGCAGGCCAGCCGGCAUGAGAGCCGCAUCCUGCUGCAGGACCUGCCGGCCGGCGCGCACCGCCUGCACAACGCCUCGCUGGACACCGAGUGGUUCCACGGCCUGCGCCGCAAGUGGAAGCCGCACCCGCACCCGCACCCGCAGCCACAGCCGCACCCGCACAGGAAGGCGCUCGGCCCGGGCCCCAAAACUUUGGAGAGCGGCUGGAGGCGGCGGGACAGCCCCGCGGCGGACAGGAGCCACGUCAGGUGGUCCUCCCCGUACCUGGAGUGUGAGAAUGGGAAUUACAAACCCACCUGGCUGGUGACUCUCUCCGCAGCUUUCUAUGGGCUGCAGCCAAACCUGCUUCCCGAGUUCAGAGGUGUUGUUAAGGUUGAUAUAAACCUGCAGAAGCUGGACAUUGACCAAUGUUCAAGUGAAGGGUGGUUUUCAGGAACCCACAAAUGCCAUCUCAACAAUUCUGAGUGCAUGCCAAUUAAAGGUCUUGGAUUUGUGCUUGGAGCCUACAAAUGCAUUUGCAAGGCUGGAUUCUAUCAUCCCAACAUCUUUUCAGUGAACAGCUUUCAGAGAAAGGAUACAGAUAAUCACUUUUCUGGAGGCAAGAUGUCUGAGGAAGUCUACACCUGCCUACCCUGCAGGGAAGGAUGUUCUUACUGCACAGAUGAUGCUCCCUGCUAUGCACAGGAGGACAAGUAUUUACGGCUUGCUAUCAUCUCAUUCCAAACAUUCUGUAUGCUUCUGGACUUCAUAAGCAUGCUGGUAGUAUACCAUUUUCGCAAGGCAAAGAGCAUAAGGGCUUCUGGCCUGGUUCUUCUGGAAACCAUCCUUUUUGGAUCACUUCUUCUGUACUUUCCGGUUGUCAUUUUGUAUUUUGAGCCAAGCAUAUUUCGCUGCAUUCUCCUAAGAUGGGUUCGUCUUCUGGGCUUUACUACUGUUUAUGGAACUGUGACACUCAAGUUGCACAGGGUUUUGAAGGUAUUCCUGUCCCGAACUGCUCAACGCAUUCCAUACAUGACAGGUGGCCGAGUGAUGAGGAUGCUGGCUGUAAUUCUCCUGAUAGUCUUUUGGUUCUUGAUUGGCUGGACUUCUGCAGUCAGUCAAAACUUGGAGAGAAAUAUUUCACUCAUUGGCCAGGGUCAAACAUCGGACCAUCUCAUCUUCAAUAUGUGCCUCAUGGACCGCUGGGAUUACAUGAUGGCUGUUGCUGAAUUUUUAUUCCUCUUGUGGGGUGUUUAUCUCUGCUAUGCAGUGCGGACAGUCCCAUCAGCAUUUCAUGAGCCACGUUAUAUGGCUGUUGCAGUUCACAAUGAGCUCAUUAUCUCUGCUAUAUUCCAUACAAUUAGAUUUAUUCUUGCCUCGAAACUUCAGUCUGAUUGGAUGUUGAUGCUGUUUUUUGCACAUACACACUUGACUGUAACAGUUACCAUUGGGCUGCUUCUGAUUCCAAAGUUUUCCCAUGCAAGCAAUAAUCCUCGAGAUGAUAUAGCUACUGAGGCAUAUGAAGAUGAACUUGAUAUGGGUCGAUCUGGGUCCUACCUAAACAGCAGUAUCAAUUCAGCAUGGAGUGAACAUAGUUUGGAUCCUGAAGACAUCAGGGAUGAGUUGAAGAAACUGUAUGCACAACUUGAAAUCUACAAAAGGAAAAAGAUGAUUGCUAAUAACCCACAUCUCCAGAAAAAGCGGUGCUCAAAAAAGGGCUUGGGCCGUUCAAUAAUGAGACGAAUUACUGAAAUCCCUGAGACAGUCACCAGGCAGUGCUCUAGGGAGGAUAAAGACCUUAUGGAGCACAGUUCUGCAAAAAAUGCUGCUUUAGUGAGAAAAAACCCCCAGGAUUCCACCAGUUAUGUAAAGCCAAAAGAGGAGUCUUUGAAAAACAGAGUCUUUUCAUUAAAAAAGUCCCACAGCACUUAUGAUCAUGUUAGAGAUCAAAUGGAACAGCCUAAUAGCUUAACUACAGAAAGUGCAGAAGUUAUAAGUACAGAGAACUCACUGCUGGAUUCUUUGAGUGGAAACAAAUUAACAAAAAAAGCAACAGAAAAAGUUGAAGCUGUGUCCACUGAAUCUGUCCCUUUGGUGUGCAAAUCUGUAAGUGCACAUAAUUUAAGUGCAGAUAAGAAGCCUCUGCAUCCAAGAACGUCUGUGUUACAGAAAUCUCUUAGUGUUAUUGCUAGUGCCAAGGAAAAGACUUUGGGAUUAACUGGUAAAAUGCAAAGCCUGGAAGAAAACAGCAAAUCCCAUAAAUCUCAACAGAAGGGUAAGGAGGCCAGCAAAAAGCACUCAGCCUCAGAUAAAGGGGAGCAAAAAGAUUCCCAUCGGAAAAAUUCUACCCACUCUGAGGAGGCAAAAAAACCCCAUAAAUCUGGAAUCAUGAAACAGCAAAAGGUUAGUCAGAUGUCUGCGAAUUCUGAUACAGGCCUGGCUAAGUCACUGCAUAAGGACAAUUUUGACAUUGCAGAGGUUUGUCCUUGGGAGCUCUAUGACCAAAUGCCUGGUCCUGUGCCUUCUGAAUCUAAAGUUCAAAAACACGUGUCUAUUGCUUCCUCUGAACCAGAGAAAAGUCACCCUUCCCAGCCAAAGGGGAAAUCUCAUCACAAGCUUAAGACAGCUGAAGGAUAUCAGCAGUCAAAUCAGAAGAGCACAGAGAAAUCUGAAGCAUGUGCUCAGGAGACACAAGAGCAGCAGUUUUUGGAAGAUGAGAAAAAACAUUUGAAUUCCAAGUCUCAGGUUGUCCCUGGCUUUAAAUGUGAGAGUGUUAAAUACACAGCAAAUACUUGUGCAGGGGAAUCUGAGGAACUUCCCCCUAAAGCAAUGGUGCAAGCAGUAGAAAAGGAAAAGCUCAGUCAAUUGGGAGAACAGAAAAAAAAUGCAUCUUCCUCUGAGGGAAAUAUGCUUUCAUCUGACUCUUAUAAACCAAGCAGUAACUUACAGCAGCCUUUAACGUCUCGAGCCGAAGUCUGUCCAUGGGAGUAUGACACACCAGAUUUACCAAAUGCAGAAAGAAGUGUAGCUUUAUCGAACACAUCUGCUUUAAGUGCAAAUAAAACAGCAACACCUCGAAAGUAAGAGGUUUUGGACUGACAAGAGUAGCAACUUCAGAAAGAAAGAUUACAGAAAGGAGGAAAGAGAGAGGGCAAGUAGGCCAAAAGGAUCUGAAAAUUCCUAAGGAGAUUACUGAACCAAGGGGGCAGCACAACAAAUAGUAGGGAAUAGGCAAAGUGAAUUAUUCAUAUUGUUGUUGUUUAUUUACUGAGUGCCAACAAUGUGAUGAGUGGUGUCCAGAACAUGGACCCUGCUCUAAGAAGUUUACAAUCUAAAUGAAUGAAAUCUGCCUUUACCAAUUCAUUUCUCGUUCACAAACAGGAAAAAAAAAUGGCUAUGACAGGCAAAAACCACAGAUGUUAACAGAAUUAUCCCUAAAGGCUCCCAACUGCCUGCAACUUGCCCUUGGGACUCUAAAGAUCCAACAGGAGUAUGGCAUGAAGAAAGUCUUGAUGGCAAAAUUUGGGAUCAAUGAGCAGCUUACCGAAAAGACGACUUUUCACUUUACUUAUUUAACCUUGAUAGCACUGCUAAUUUAAUGCAUCCCAAAAAAUACAUUUUAUAUAAUGAUUGCUCUCAUUUUCUUAUUAAUGUAUAAGUACAUUGUUGUGUCUCAUAUUAAAGCAUUCCAGAUUGUAUAAUUUUUGCAAAUAACUUUGAUAUUAUGUGACACAACAUAUUUAUGCAAUCUGCAAAUACUCUAUUGUUAUUGCAACUUAAAAUACCUGCUGUAGAUCUUGUUUAUUUAUAGAAUUACAGUAAGCUUUCACUGGCUAUGAAAGCCGCCAUACCUUGUAUGAGAAAAUACCCUGGUUUUCUUUUUCUGUGAUUUUAUAUUGUGAAUUUUUGUUCUAUUCUCUAUUAUUUAAAAUUAUCGUUUGAUACUGUAUUAUUCAGGGUUUUUAUACCAGAUAAGUUACUCAUCUUGUCCUUUUUUGUUAAUGCUCAUAAACUUUGUUAUUAGUGGAGAUCACGUCGUCUUAGCUGCAUAUUCUGGUAAGUCCAAGGACAACUUAUCUGUUGUUUGUUACAAACCUAGCUAAUUUCAUAUUAUUGCUUCAGAGCUCCUGCUUUUAUCAUCCAUCACAUCAUCUUUCUCAGCAAUUUACACUGAGAAUUUUCUCCUAAAGCAUAAAAACAAGAAUGAUAAAGACUACACUUAAGAGUAUGAACCACGACUGUACAAUUCUAGGAGAUAUUGCAGGUUAGCUGGUUUAGAGCUGCAGUAUGUUGUUUAUCCUGCUGGUAAACUUCCAUGAACCAGCUGUGCAAAAUCAGAAAGAGAAAAAAGGAGCCCCAAAAGAAUAUUUUUCCCCCAAAAUGCAAUCAAAAGAUAGAAAAGGAAAAGGGCAUCUAAUCCCACCCCAAAAGCACUUAGAAAUGUUUGUCUGAUGUAUAUAUGUAAAUGUUAGAUAAAAUUUAAUAUUUUAUACAAAAUUAAUACCCAGUAAUAACUAAGGUUUUUAUCCUGCACAUGAGCUUAAUUUUAUACACUAGUCUGUACCCUGUUCAAGACAAAGAGACUUUCAGCUAAUUCCAAGUUAAACAUGUGAAAAAGAGGCCUUGGCAGGAUCAGGGCGGAAGAGGGUGACAAAGGCUAAUAAUAAUGACAGUAGGCCAGGUCCAUCUAAGUGUAGCACUACUAAGGUACCAUUGGUACUUCAUUUAUUGCUGACUCUUAUUGGUGCUGUGCAAUAUGCAAAAAUAAAGGAACACCCAGUCAUAAGGGUUUUUUUUAAAAGAGAUGAUGAAAUUCACUGGGAAAAACAAUCAUAAGACUAAUUUAAUGGCUUGUUGUUUUAUCUAUAUCUAUCUAUCUAUAGAUAUGUAUAAAACAACAAAUAUCUAUAUAGAUAUAUAUCUAUAUCUAAAUAUUUAUAUAUAUACUUUAUAUAUCUAUAUAUAAUAUAGAUAUUAUAUAUCCAUAGAUUUAUAUAUAUAUAUAUCUAUAUUUAUAUAUAGAUAUAAAAUAUCCUAUUUAAUAUAUCCUAUUUAAUGCACACAUGCGCAUACAUAUAUAUUGAUAAACUGACUUGGGGCCUCAUAGAAGAUGGGGGUUUUUAAGAGAAACUCUAAUGACAAGAAGGACUUGGGCAAAUUGGGAUGUGGAGAGUAUUUCCUUGCCUUUUUCCAGACUGAGAGGCAGGCAGAGAGUCCACUUGGGUCAAGAUAUGGAAGGGGAGAGGAAAAUACAUGACUCUGCCUCCAGGACUGUGCCUGUUUUUGAAGGAAAAAAAUAAUCUGAGUAUGCACAUAGUUCUUUUUCCCUGACCACAGACUUUAUCCAGGGCCUGACGCAAACCUCACUGAAGUCAGCAAGGCUUUUCCCAUUGACUUCAAUGGGAUUUGUAUGAGGUCUCAUGUGCAAGCCCUGAUUCCCUUGGAGGCAUGUGGGCUUCAUUCUGAGAAUGCAUAGAACUCUGUAUGUCACCAAGCAUGUGGAGCCCUGCAGGAACAUACCGAGCCCCCGUGGAGUAGUGCACAGUCUUUUCAAUUUAAUCCACUGAUAUAGCUGUACUCUGCAGCAUAGUAAAGAGAGGACUCCAGCUAAGGUUCCUUCUCUAGUUUAUUAAGGGGACAUCAUGGGCUGGCCAGUCUUAGACAUGUUCCUUCUCCAGAGGGCUCUGUGGCCCCAUUGCCAUGGACAAUACUCAUGCUUGCAGCUGGGAUGUGUCAGGGAACUGGUGGAGGACAUACUCUGUACACACCCACUGUGCCUUUUAGAUCAAAUGCCCAGGGGAGGCGUGGUGCCCUGCCAUGACUUUACCCAUCCCAACAUCAUGCUGUCCUUUGUGCAUUCCUGUACAAUGGAGUGAGUGGAUUGCCUCUGUUACAUGGUAGCCAUGUGCAGGUAGGCCUCCAUACCAAGCCAUACCCCAUGCAUACAGCAGUGCUUUCUUUUGUGUUAGGGGUAGGAUGAAGUCCCUUGUGCAUGACCCUAUUUGUGCCACUACUGCCCCAUCUGCUGAUUGUUUUUCUUUUAUUUUGCUUUGAACAUAACUUGAGAAGGAAGAUCAUUAGAAACAAAGAAAUAAGGCCAGAUCCUUAACUAAUGUAAAUCAACAUAACUGUACCGUAAUUAUGGAGUGAUUUAUACCAACCCAGGAUCUGCUGCAUAAUUUAUAGUUUUGGUUUGUUUUCUUUCAUCCUGAAGGCUGCUCUCACUACUUAAAAAUUGUCCACUAUUUUCAGGGUUGUUCUAUGGUUUUCCGCAUUGUUCUUGUCAUAUACCAAAAAGCUGGUGAAAUUUAGACCUAUUUUAAAAUCAGUGUACUUCUUAAGGGAUGAUUUUCCUUGUUCAUUCAGCCACUGAAAUUGGGUUUGGAGUUUAACUGGUAUUUUAGCAAACAGAGGGGCCAAACUUCACUCAACUGUUAUAUUUCACUAUGACACUGCUAGAAACAUUGCUUAAGGAAGACAUACUAAGUUAUUCCUAAAUGAUGUUCUAUGUUCUAUAGAUUUUUCUCCACCAGCAUAUAUUAGCUAGAUUGCUUAGUAGUCUUUUUCUGGAGUUCCAUUGUCAUUAUUCAGCCACAAGAAAUGCAACUCUAGAUUUAAGGUGUUUUCUAGCAGAACUGUUAAGAACGAUAAUCACCAAGGUCACAAACAUUUGCUAGGUUGUCCUUUUCAAAUGCAUGUGCAAGUUGCAUUUCUCCUUUGUUUCUAAGCCAUGUUUUAUAAAUAAUUAGAUUUAUACCAAUACUAAUAGACUUGUAUAUUUUAUGCAAGAAUUAUAUGCUUUAAAAUAUAAAUAAUUAAUCACCCAUCAUCAGCUUUGGUGGCAUUAUAGGUCUGAAAACAAACAAUACUUUUAUAUUUGCUCUCCUGAGGCUUUUGCAUGUAUAUGAUGACGGGCAGGCCUGAGAAAACACUGCCUUUUAACAUUUUAGCUACUCAGAGUUGUAGAGUAAAUAAAGCUGUAAGUAUAUUCACUUUAUUAUGUGGUUCUUAUAAGAAUAUUAUCUGGCAACCUACAGCAUCCACCAUGAAAUACUUGCUAGAUUUAUGUUGUAAUGUGUCACAGCAUGUAAAUAAUGUACCUUCUCUGCAAUAAAGCACAUUUAUAUGAAA